AUGCUAGACCCAUCAUGGCUCAACGACCCGGGCUGGCCGUUCUUACGUCUAUCAGAUGAGCAGCAACUCGAAGUAAGUCAAGAUAAUGCUAAAAAACGGCCAAAAGUAACAUCAAUAAUUUUUUAAGUUAAUACUUUUAAAACUUUUAGGAGCAGUCCAAGCGUACCUUCGACAACAAAACUCAUACUUGGGUGCCAGAUCCAGAAGAUGGCUUCAUCGUUGGGACGAUUGAUUCAGAAGAGGGAGAAAAGGUCAAUAUAACAUUGCCUAGUGGAGAAAAGGUAUGAGCUUUAGUGGGUAAAUAUAUUUUUUUAAACUUGUAUUUAUAAAAGAAGCUGUUUAAUUAAAAUUUAUAGAAAGCAGUGCCAAAAGCAGAAUGCCAGGAAAUAAAUCCCGCCAAAUUCGAAAAAACAGAAGAUAUGUCAAAUCUGACUUUCCUGAAUGAAGCUUCUGUUCUCCAUAAUCUGAAGCAGCGCUACAGUUCUAUGAUUAUUUAUGUAAGUUACUUUGGCUAGAAACUUUAUCUACUGUAUUGUUGUAUAAAACUUGAUAUAAAACUUUGAAGAACAGAAACUUUGUUCUUCAAGUUUAUGUCCAUUUUGCGACCAGGAAAGCAGCCAAAAAAGGCUUAAAAUCAACAAUUAAUUUUAGACCUACUCUGGCUUGUUUCUGGUGUUCAUUAAUCCGUACAAGAUGUUGCCAAUUUACACAGACUCCGUAGCCAAUAUGUUCGUUAACCGAAGGCGAAGUGAAAUGCCACCUCACUUGUUUGCCGUUUCGGAUUUGGCUUACAGAAACAUGAUUUCUAGUAAGUUACAGAAGCAAGCGGCUUUAAGUGAUAGAACUUUCAAUCUAUAACGUAAAUAAAAAAAGUAAGAUAAAAAAGUUUUGUCUUUUUAAAAUGACAUUUUAAAACAAAUGUGCAUUACAGACCAAGAAAACCAAUCCAUGUUGAUCACCGGAGAAUCUGGAGCCGGCAAAACUGAAAAUACAAAAAAAGUCAUUUCCUACUUUGCUCGUAUUGGUGCUACAACAAAAAGUGACGGUAAAAAACAGGUAAGAAAUAAUGUAAUUUCAUCGAUGGUCAAAGAUAUUUCUACAGUAAUCCUAGUUAUGCUUUCUAAAAAUUUCAUAAAAACUUCCUGAAAUUAAUGAAUCAUGUGUUUUUUGUUUGCUCAUAGUCGAGAUCUAAAGCGAUACUUUACCUAAACCUACGUAUAUUUUUGUUUGCUGAUACCUCGUUGGAUCAUUAUAUGUCAAUACUAUAAUAUCGAUAACACAAAAUUACAAGAAAAUAGAUGAACUAUACAAAAAAAAUCAGUUUUAAAAGUCAGUAAUUGCAUAAAAUAUGUCAAAUUUCAGCAAUCGUCAUUAGAAGAGCAGAUUGUGGAAGCAAACCCAGCAAUCGAAGCCUUUGGCAAUGGUGCUACGAACAGAAAUUACAAUUCAAGUCGUUAUGGAAAGUUCAUCAGAAUCCACUUCAGUAGCAAUGGAAAACUGAUGGGAGGAGACAUCGAUCACUGUAUGUUAUUGAACAGUUAUUUUAAAAAUAAUUAACAUUAGUAAUAAUCUAAUUAUAGUGUUUUCCACUAUACUAUUUAAAUCUGAAACUUCUCAAAGUAAAACUUCAGAUUUGCUAGAAAAGUCUCGAGUAAUCAAGCAAGGGCCUGGAGAACGGUCAUUCCACAUGUUUUAUCAGAUGAUGACCAAUGCAAGCCUGCGAAAAGACUUGAAAUUGGACGAUGAUAUCAAGAAGUACAGUUUUGUUUCACUGGCUGAAAUCACCGUGCCUGGAAUGGAUGACAAAGCCGAGUUUGAUUGCACUGAUGUAAGUUUUGACUAUUUUUCAAACUAGCUAAAGGCUAUAUUAAAUUAUGAAACUAGUUAAAGGCUCAAUUAAAAUUGCAGUACUUUUUAAAAGUGUACAUAAUUACCUUAUAACAAACCAAAUUAAACAAUAAAAUUGAAAGUCACCCUUAAAUACAAAAAAUUUACAGAACGCUUUCAAUGUUAUGGGCUUCAGCAAAGAAGAAAAGCUGGGCUUGUAUAAGACUUGUGCUGCCAUUAUGCAUAUGGGUGAAAUGAAAUUCAAACAAAAACCAAGAGAAGAACAAGCUGAAGCUGAUGACAUUACAGGUAACCUAAAUAUCCAAACUAAAGUUAACAAACUGCUUCAGAAGCCCAACUAGCAUGUGAACUGUUUGGAAUUAAUGUGGAAAAGUUCAUCGACGCCCUUCUGAAGCCACAAGUCAAAGUUGGCACUGAGUGGGUCAGUAGAGGACAAACUCUGCAACAGGUAAGACAUCUUAAAAAUAACCCUUGUUUCCUAAAAUCUACAAAAUUAAUUAAAUGUACUUUUAUGUUAUUCUAUACCAACUCAAGUAAUGAUGAUUAUAGGUAGAAUGGUCAGUCGGAUCAAUAUCCAUGGCCAUCUACGCCAGAAUGUUCGACUGGGUCAUAAAACGUUGUAAUAAGACAUUAUCAACCUCAAAAGACGGAUCUGCUCAUUACAUUGGAGUCCUGGAUAUAGCUGGGUUUGAAAUCUUUGACGUAUGUUUUUAACGACAAGACUAACUGUUAUAGCAAACAUAACUUAUACAAAAAUAAAAAUAAUGUAAAAGUUUGAAAUUUAAGAGACAAAUUUCAGCGCAAUUCGUUUGAGCAACUGUGGAUCAACUUUGUGAACGAAAAGUUGCAACAAUUCUUCAACCACCACAUGUUUGUGCUAGAACAAGAAGAAUACAAGAGAGAAGGCAUUCAGUGGACGUUCAUCGACUUUGGACUCGACCUUCAAAGUUGUAUUGAACUGAUCGAAAAGGUAAUAGUACUUACAAAAGUAAUGCAAAUCUACGUAUAUAUGUAUCCCAUGUUUAAUAACUUUUUACGUUUACUCAAGAAAAUUGAUUAACUAUUCAUAAAAAUAUUAAUUAAUCUUCAGCCUUUGGGCAUCAUCUCCAUGUUGGACGAGGAAUGUAUUGUACCAAAAGCAUCGGAUCAAAGCUAUGUUGAGAAGUUGAACAAUCAACAUCUCGGCAAACACCCCAACUUCCUGAAGCCAAAACCCACCAAAGGAAAACCUCUUGUGGCUGAUUUCGCCAUCGUACACUACGCUGGAACUGUUAACUACAGUGCGGAAGCCUGGUUAGACAAGAACAAAGAUCCUCUGAAUGAUACUGCAGUCUCCGUACUCAAAACAGCAUCCAAGGACUCUUCGAUCUACAAGUUCUGGGAAGAAUACAAGACAGCGGUCGAUAAAGAAGAGGACGAAAAACGAGGGAAAGCGGUCGAAACCAAGAAAAAAGGAAAGUCCGGCCAAUUUAUGACAGUCUCCAACAUGUACAGAGAGUCGCUGAACAACCUCCUGAGCAUGUUGAACUCGACCCAACCUCACUUUAUUAGAUGCAUCAUUCCAAACGAAAAGAAGACCAGCGGACUGGUCGAAGCGCCAUUGGUUUUGAAUCAGGUAUGUCAAGUUUAAUGUUGAAAUUUUAAAAAAUUCAAUGUUGUAAAAAAAAAGUAAAAAAGGAAAAAUAUGAUCUUGAAAAAAAUUACAGCUAACGUGCAAUGGAGUACUAGAAGGUAUCAGAAUCUGUCGUAAAGGAUUCCCCAACAGAAUGGUGUUCCCCGAAUUCAAACAACGCUAUGCCAUUUUGGCCGCUGACGCUGCUCAAAUUGGAGAAUUAAAGAAAAGUGCUGAUCAAAUGAUGGCUAAACUAGUCAAAGAAGGAAAACUGACUGAUGAUGAAUACAGAAUUGGAAACACAAAGGUAAUAUAUUUAAAACCCGAUUAAAACUUACAAUCUAUACUAACAAAACUUCAAGAAAACUACAAAAUAUAGCUAAAUUUAAAACAUGUAACAUAUAAAAGGCAUAUAAGAGUUUUUAAAGGUAUUUUUCCGUGCUGGAGUGCUAGCCAAAAUGGAAGAGUUCCGUGACGCUGCUUUGACGAUCAUCGUACAGAAAUUCCAAUGUGAAUGCCGUGCCUACUUGGCCAAAUGGCAGAGAUAUCGUCUAGAGAAGAUGGACGAGUUUGUGGAAACAAUUCAAGAAAAUGUACGAAAAUGGCUGGUUCUUCGUGGAUGGUCUUGGUACAGACUUUAUUCACGGAUCAAGCCCAUGCUCAAAGGUCUCCAGAAGAACGCUGAAUUCAAGGAAGUCGAGAAGAGAAUGAGAGUAAGCGGUUUUAUGGCAUUGUCCGUGACUUACAGUAAUAACAAUGGCAAAAAGUUUAUAUAUUAAAAGAAGCGAUAUCAUAACACCGGUUAAAGUAAUAGACUUUUAAAAUAUCAAGUACAUAAGCAUGCCAUACAAAAAUUCAAUACUUAACAUGCACUUUUUAGGCCGCUGAAGAGCGUGAAAAAGAAUUGGAACAGCGCACUUCCCAGCUGCAGACACAACUAAACCAACAGAAAGAAGAAUACGAGAACCUACGCGGUAACUACAACAACCAGCUAGCAGCACUAGAGCGGCGGAACGCUGAGAUAAAGGUAAAAAAACGGUCAGACAGAUAUUGAUUUCCCGGUUUUUUGAUUCUUGUAACGAAAAACUAGACUGAACGGUUUUCAGUUUGUAUUUCAACUUUUUUGAACUAUUAAAAACUUCAAAUGUUAUUGUUAAUCUUUCAACUUUAUACCUAAAUAUCGGGUUUUCUUAUUGUCUGUGAUAGUAUCUUCAAUUUGAGUAAUAGAAGAAUCUAGUACCACCAAAUAAAUAAAAUUGUUUCUGGCUACGAGCUUAUUACGUCACUUUUUCAGAAACUGGAUGCUGACCUAGAGAAAACCACAAUCAAACUUGAAGACUUGGAGAAAGAAAGUGCUCAGAAGCUGAAGGAGUUAGAGAAACAGAACAAAGAAGCUGCUGAACGCUCUGCCAUCGAAAGAAAACAAAUGGAAUCUGAAAUUCAACGUCAACAAAAAGAACUUCACGAUUCACAGGUUCAAUUGGCAAUGCAACAGGAACAAAACAAUAUUCUGAUUCAGCAAAAGAAGGCUUCUGUAAGUUUAACAUUAAAAAAGCUUAUUGUUACCCAAAAAUAAUUGAACAAAAUAUUGAAUAUUGGGCUCAUAACAAGUUUCUAAACUCUUAUUACAUUUAUUAUCCUCGUUGUUCAGGAGCAAAGUCAAUAUGAAGUGAUCGACCAACUUGAGUUAAUGAAAACCAAGAAUGAACGUGUUGAAGACCAAAAGAAGAAACUGGUCGAGGAACUCGAUAGCAUGGAAGAACGUUUGCAAGCCGAAAAACGCUACAAAGAAGAAGCAAACAGAGGUAAAACAAUAUCUAUAACAAUAUAAUUCGAAUUAAGAAAAACGAAAGAUCGAAAACGAGCUAAAACAAGUUCAUGACAAAGCUGACAUGGCCAUAAAACAAGCAAAGCAAGCUGAUGAAGAAUGUCGAAGAUUGGAACAAGAGAUUGCUCAAUGGAGAAAUCGUUCUCACGAUGAUGCCAAUUUGAUAACACGACUUCAGAGCAAUAUCAGACAACUUAUGACAAGGAUUGAGGAAUUGGAGAGCGAACUUGAUGUUGAGAUCAGACAAAAACAAAGAGUAAGUUAAAGAUUUUUAAAAUUAUUUUGAAAAAAAACAUUUUGGUAACUUUUUUCGAACUUCUGCGCCCUUGCUUGUAAAUGCGCAGGCUGCGCAAAAAAUUAAAAAGUGUGGACAAAAAAUUGUUUCUCAAGCUAGCUAAAAAAACAAUUUUAGGCCGAGAAACUUCGUAUGGAAACACAAACAGAAGUGGAAACUCUUCAACAACAACUUGCUGAGUCCAAUGGCCAACUUGACAUGCAUAUUCACGUCAACAAGGAUCGUCAACACCAGCUGGAGAUCCUUCAGAACGAGAUCAUCAAACGGAACGCUUUCCACGAGAACCAUUUGGCCGAGUUGUGUUCAAAACAAUGGCUAACUGUCAAUAAUCUUCGCAAUUUGUCACAACAUGCUCAGUUCUUGGAGAACGAAGUGAACCGAGUGUUGGACUUCCGCAAGAGCAGUCAGCCCAAUGGAAAGCCUCUCCAGCGUUCCAUGACAGCGAACGACGACUUUUACAAGCACAAUAACACAGAGUUUAGACCUUAA